CUGACUGACUUCCGCCUUUUAUACGUCCUAUGUUCAGAGAACAGCAUGGCAGGAGGACCGUGGAACAGGGUAAACGUUCCCCGUCCUUGUGCAGUUUCAAGUGUCCGUAUCAGUUUCAGCUCAAUAACAGGUACAAAAGUUAAAAACCUGUUGGUGGAAAACGAGAAGGUGCUCAAACUACUCCGCAGUGAGAUUCUUCAGACGGAGAUACGAGUUCUGUACGAGCUGCUGUACAUCCUCAACAACAGCUACAGAGGCAACAAGACCUUAAAAGGAGUAAAGCAGGUUGAACAAUGCAUAAACAAGCUGAAGAACAUGAAGCUCGAUGCUGCUCUGCAGGAUCUGGUCGAUCUGUGUCCAAACAGGAUUCAGAGAGGACUAAGCAUCAAGGCUGGUGAGUGCGAUGUUCCCAGUCAACCAAUGCUGGAGUGGAUCUGUCUCAAACUGCUGGGAGCCGCCCAGCUGAUGAGCUGCACAUUGAAUCGAUGCAGCAGAGCUUUUUUACUCUCCAAGCAGCAGAUGAAAUGGGAGGAGUUUAUCAUACUGAACAUGGUGAUAACCAGCAUGCUCAGCCGUCUGUGGGUGAUUUUUCGUGGAAUGCUGGUCAGCCUGUCGACUCUGUACCAGCAGCUCUUGGAAUUCCUCAAAGACGUAGCUUGUACCCAGCCCAUGCCCUUCCUCACAGAGUUCUCCCUGCCGGUAGACUUUGCCCAGUUCCUGGGCCCCUCCGGGAUAUUUUUAUUCACCAAGCAACCGGCUUGUGUUCCCCAUGCUAAAGUCCGCAGGGAGACGAAAUCUUCAGUUAAAGUCAAGAACCAAGGAGUGACAAGGAUGGCUAAAGAAGAUCUGGGUGUUGCUAUUGAAAGAGAUAUUGGUCUUGAUGCUGACAUGAAGCCCUUUCUCAAAGUUUUCAGGGAUUUUACUGAGGGUAAAUCUUUCCCGGAAGAAAAGCACAAGUCUGUCGAGAAGCAAAAGUUUGAGAAACAAGUGAGAAAAGCCUCCACGUUCACAGACAUGGCGGCCCACCUGGAGGAAAUGAUUCUUUGGUGCAAGUCCCAUAGGAUGGAAAAGGAGAAACGCCUCUUAACCUUCUUGCGUUUAAAGUGCCAAAAGAUGAAAUGCCUGGAGGCAGCAGGUCACAACGUCCAGAGCAAGUUGCGGAGCUUCAGGCGGGAGGCUUGCUGGGCUUCGUCUCCUCGAGGAUCCAUGCCAAAGACCUUUUGUUUCCCUGCUCCGGUGAGGAGAAAGCCUCGCCUGAGGACUCGCUUUCAGAUGCUCAAAAGACGAUUUGUGUUCCCCAGAGUCAGAACUGAUGUAAUAAAGAAAACCCCAAUCAGACAACAGAAAUUGACUGAACUUCCAGCGCCUGAACUCCCCCGGGACGACCAGCGGAGUGAGACUGAACAUAAGGAGACACACGAGACCACAAACUCUGAAUAUCAAGAUGACAUAGACGACAUAUUUGCCUCCAUCGGUUUGUGAAACUCAACAAAUAGACACGGGACUCAAACUACUGGGUGCAGCUGAGCUUUGUAAACAUGGACACAUUGUUCUGUCAAAUGCAUUGAAUGAACAAGAGCUACUUGACACCAGGCUGGUUUAAAGUUGCCACGUUGCACAAAGCAAUGCAACAGGAAGGUACUGCAACUUAAGGACCUGAAUCCCUUGGUGUGAACAAAAAGGACACUACAAAAAGAGUGUAAAGUCAUUUUAAACGCAGAAUGUGAUGCUAAAAGUGAGGUCAAUUCAAGGGAUGUAGUUUGGCUUGUCUUUAUACCAAAUGUAUUUUGUACCACCUGUGUGAUUAAAAUCAUUUCA